CAUAGUUCAUGAAAUACCUAAUUUAAUUCUCCUAAGUGACUCAGUGAGAGCUGUACAAUUAUAAUCUUCCCUUUACAGAUGAGACCUUUACCAGAUUUGAGCACCAUUCCAGAUUGCUGCCAGAGCCAAUGAGUGAUCUCUACUGCUACAUAAACUCUCCUUACCCUUCUGAGAGACCCAGACGUUUAGCUGAUGUUCACAAGGAAUAGAGUCACGUGAUGUAUGAAGGGAAACAUAUACACUUCUCUGAGGUUGACAAUAAGCCCUUGUGCUCAUAUAGCCCCAAACUGUGCAAGCAGCGGCGACUCAACGGCUACGCAUUCUGUAUCAGACACGUUCUGGAGGACAAGACUGCCCCUUUCAAGCAAUGUGAAUAUGUGGCCAAGUAUAACAGCCAGCGCUGCACCAACCCUAUCCCCAAAUCGGAGGAUCGCAGGUACUGCAACAGCCACUUGCAGGUACUUGGCUUUAUCCCGAAAAAAGAGAGGAAGAAAAAGAAUGAUCCCAUAGAUGAGGUCAAGGUCAGGCACCAGAUGGAUACCAUGGCCUUCAGCCUGGCCAUGCCCACAUUGGCCCUGAAGAUGCCCAAUGGACUGGAUGGCAUGUCCCUCUCUCCUCCUGGAGCCAGGGUCCCUCUCCACUACCUGGACACUGACUUGGAAGACCCAUUUGCAUUCAACGAGGAAGAUGAUGACCUAAAGAAAGGUGCAACUGUGCGAAGGAAGUUGCAGAGCAAGUUGGCCCAGAACCGGCAGCGCCAGAGAGAGACGGAAAUUUUAAAAGUUCGACAAGAGCACUUUAGUCCCCCUCCUGCACCUUCCCAGCAGCAGCAGUCUCCACAGCAGCAGCAGCAGCAGCAGCAGCAGCAACAGCCUUCGCAGCAGCAGCAGCAGCUGCCUCCGCAGCAGCACGCUCACCUUUCACCUUUGUCCACAUCUUUAAAGCCUCCAACAGCACCGCAGGGCUCCAUCUGUAGGUCACCUCAGCCUCAGCACACCAGCGUUCCAGUGCAGGGAGUGGCCCCCACCACACACACCAUAGCACAAGCCAGGCAGGUGGUGCACAAGCGGCCUCCACCCCUCCUGCCAGCCUCUAGGGCUCCUGCCUCGGACCUGCCCCGGACUGACCGGGUCCUCAUGAAAGCCACAGCCUUCUCUCCACACUUGUCCUGUAUAAGUCGGCUGCAGAGACUGGUGAAACUGUACACACAGAAGCACCAGCUGGACACUGAUCUGUUCCCUCACUUAGGGUUGGAUUGGUCUGAAGAGAGUGGAGAGGAGCUGGAAGAUGCUGAGCAGGCCUCCCCGUACCAGGCUGCAUGGUCCCUCCGAGAGACGCUCACAUAUGCAAGACACACGUCUGACGAAGAUGAUGUGGACAGCAGGAGCUCCAGGGUGACCCAACUUUGCACUUACUUUCAGCAGAAAUACAAGCACCUCUGCCGCCUGGCACGGGCGGAGUCAAGGCAGAAGAGAUGCAGGUUGGCACUGAGGAAGGCACUGCUGCAAGCAGCCAGCCAGGAGCCAGAGAGCGCUGGGCAGCUGCUGCAGGAGCUGCACAGGGCAGCAUGCAGCCGAGCCAGCAUAAGCCGGACCAAAUUGAAGGAGUUAGAGCCCACAGCUUGCAGUGGAACCAUGAAGGGUGAACAGUGCACGAACAGAGCCCUUCCAUUCACCAGACAUUGUUUCCAGCACAUCCUCUUGAACCACUCUCAGCAGCUCUUCUCCAGCUGCACCGCUAAAUUUGCAGACGGGCAGCAGUGCUCGGUGCCAGUGUUUGACAUCACACACCAGACACCGCUGUGUGAAGAACAUGCCAAAAAAAUGGAUAAUUUCUUGAGAGGAGAUAACUCCCGUAAAGUUCAGCACCAGCAGCAGAGGAAACCCAGGAAAAAAACCAAGCCUCCUGCACUUACCAAAAAACACAAGAAAAAGAGACGGCGUGGACCUCGUCGACCCCAGAAGCCCAUUCCCCCCGCGGUCCCCCAAGGGAACCUCAGCAUGCCCACCAGCGUCUCACUGCCAGUGGAGGCUCCUCCCCUCCGGAGCCCGUCCACCCCAGAGCUGAGUGCUGAUGAGUUGCCGGAUGACAUUGCCAAUGAGAUCAGCGACAUUCCACAUGAUUUGGAAUUGAACCAGGAGGACUUCUCUGAUGUCUUGCCCAGGCUACCUGAUGACCUACAGGAUUUUGAUUUUUUUGAAGGAAAGAAUGGAGACCUUCUCCCGAUGAGCGAAGAGGCUGAGGAGCUUGAGCGGGCCUUGCAAGCUGUAACUUCUCUCGAGUGCCUGAGUAACAUUGGGGUACUUUCCCAUUCAGAUGGUGUGCCAGUCCAGGAGUUGUCAGAGAGAGGAAUAGGGGUGUUUUCCACGGGCACUGGAGCUUCAGGAAUCCAGUCCUUGAGCCGAGAUGUGAACACGGAUCUAGGGGAGCUGUUGAAUGGGCGUAUAGUAUCUGAUAAUUUUUCUAGUUUAGAGCUGGAUGAGAACCUGCUCCGUUCUGCUACCUUGUCUAACCCACCUACACCCCUGGCAGGGCAGAUCCAGGGGCAAUUCUCUGCCCCAGCCAACGUUGGCCUUACUUCUGCCACUCUGAUCAGCCAGAGUGCACUCGGGGAGAGAGCCUUCCCAGGACCGUUUCAUGGAGUCCACGACGGCAGCCAUGCCUCCCAGAGGCCACAUCCUGCCCAGCUGCUGAGCAAGGCGGAUGACCUGAUCACCUCACGACAGCAAUACAGCAGUGACCAUUCACACUCCUCACCCCAUGGAAGCCAUUAUGAUAGUGAGCACGUGCCGUCUCCCUACAGUGACCAUAUCACCUCACCCCACACAACAUCUUACUCCGGUGAUAAUAUGGCAGCUACCUUUUCAGCAGAGAUGCCCAUCAUGGCACAGCAUUUGCUCCCCACACAACUUGAGGUGCCACUAGGAGGAGUGGUAAACCCUAGAACUCACUGGGGUAACCUUCCCGUCAACCUCGGUGAGCCCUCUCCAUUCAGCAACCUUCUCGGCGCAGAUGGACAUCUUCUUUCCACUUCCCUCUCCACACCGCCCACCACCUCGAACUCAGAGACCACACAGCCUGCCUUUGCCACCGCAACCCCCAGCAGUUCCAGCGUGCUCCCGGGGUUGCCACAGACCAGUUUCAGUGGCCUGGGGCCUUCUGCAGAACUUGUGGCCUCCACCUCUCCCAAGCAGCAGCUCCCUCAGUUCAGCGCAGCCUUUGGCCACCAACUGAGUGCUCACAGUGGCAUCCCCAAGGACCUGCAGCCCAGCCACAGCUCCAUAGCGCCCCCUACAGGCUUCACAGUGACAGGUGCCACCACCACAAGUACCAGUAACACAUCCUCUCCCUUUCCCUCUCCUAACUGAGCGCGUCCAUGUGUGUUUCCAGGCAGGUGGGAACCGGAGUUUUCUUUGUUUCCUCUUUAGCACCCCUCUCCCCUUUCCUAACAGAUUUCCAGGUUGCAGUCGGGGAUGAGGGGCACUGCCUUCUCAGUCCAGCAGGUGUCUGCCAGCGGCCUGCCUCAGUAUUUCACACGUGCUCCUCGGCACUGGUGCUCCUUCCCUCUGAUAGGCCCCGUGGCCUAGCUGUCUCCUGCUGGUUCAGCACAGUGACUGGAGGAUCAAUGUUGAGCAGCAAGUUCUAGCAGUGGAAGAUACCUCAGAUUACCAGUGCCCUUUACUAUUUACUAGUAUCCCAGAUUAGUGUUUUCCAUUCUUCAGCCAGGUUUCUAUGUAGAUGGGUCCAGGCAGAAUGACCUGUUCACUGGGUUCCUGUGUAGGAAGUAUCGGGUGGUAUGGAGAGGCAGGUCGAGGCUCUGACUCAGUGGCAACUGCCAUCCACCGGGCAAGCCCAGAUGCCACUCCUCAUCACAGUUGACUGCAGUGGAGGCAGCACCUUUGACCACCUGUGCGUGUGUGCACCCAUGCAUAUGUUUUGUGCUGUGCAGGAAGUAGCCUUCCCAUUGUUUGUUUGCUUUUUAACCUAUAAUAAGUAGAAGGCUCUUUUUCCUUUCCUGUGUCUCAUACCCUAGUAAUGUUGCUCCUUCUGUCCCAUUGAAUUAAGUAAAAUUUCCUGAAUAGAGUGGUAAAUGGCCUGGUUAUGUGAACAGCAUGACCUUUUUCUGUUAAGAGUUGGUCCAUGAGGAAAUGGGACACAGAAAGUGGAAGUCAUGUCAGCAUGGGAUGUUACAGGAAGUUUGCCUGGAGUGGCCAUAGGGUAGUCACUUUGCCCUUUUCAGAUCCGCAAUUUUUUUUAGUCCCUUGCUCAUGGAAUACAUUUGUAAGAUGUAAUCGAAGGAGCUAUUUUGAUGUGAAAAGGCAGAAUAGGUGAAAUAGAUUUGAACGAUGAAAUCUGUGAAUUCCUUGGUCCAUCUUUUUUGCUUUUGAAUUUUUCAUGUUUACAGUAGUGAUUCUUUGGUAAGAUUUGUAAAACGUUGAAAAUGCUUGUAGAAUCAGUGUACCAGUUGUGAAGUGAUGUGUAAUAAAUCUCAAGGAUACACAUUUUAAAGUUUGUUUCAAAGCAGAAUGUGGAAAUUAGACAAAUUGUACCUACAGUUGGUACUUUUAAAAUAAUUUAAGUACUUGUGUUUAAAUAAAUUUGGAAAUAGGCAGAGGAAAUUCUUUUAAAGCACCAGAAUUUUAGGGUUAAAAGUCACAUUGGGUAGUUUAGUUAGUUGGAAACUACGAAAUGAAUAUGUGGCAUUUCUUCUUGCCUUUUCUCCCCCGCUUCCCCUUGAAGGGUGGAGCUGGGUUGUAAAGGCAUCUUUACUUUUGCUGUGAAGUUUCAUUGUUCCUUAAUUCCAUCAGCUAUUUAUAACUGAAUGCAGUCUAAUUUACACAUACAUAUUUUAAAAGAUAGAGUAUAUGUUUUAAUGAUGUGGUACAACAGUCCAUUUAUCAGGGAGCAUUUCAUCUUUCUUUUGUCCUAAUAGGUUAAAAUUGAUGUAUUUUCCUACUUCCUGUAUGUAUGUUCACACUGUGCUAGUUCCAACCAGACUCUUCUUUUGAAAGUUUUUCUUUCUCUGCUUUUUAAAAGAAUGAUGGUGAUCAGCAGGCAUUAUGCGAAUGCCACGUGCCUGAGCUUAUGGGGGAAAAUGUCACAUGCCUGUGUGAAACCAUGAUAUGCCCUAUUUUGUAUUUAUUGAAAUUUUUUUGGGGGGCCAAAUAUG